UACCCCGUUUUGGAAUUGAGGAUUUCGCUACGAUUGUUUUUAUUGAACCACAAGAAGGACUGCACCGCCAUGGAGAACCCCAACGUUGCUGAGUUGGUGGAGCGCCUCGGCGUCGAUGAAGAAUCAGUGCGAAAAAUGGCUGUUUUCAAGCUGCAGAGUGCCAUUGGCGACCCGUCAUUCGCUGAUGUCUUCAUCCAAGAGGGCGGGUUGCCCAAGUUGCGGUUUUUGGCUCUCCAUUCGACAGGAAACACCCUGGCUUACUGUUUGACUUCCCUAUCGCGCCUUCUUGAACUCGACAAAGGCUGGGAUCAUGUCACGGAUGACUUGAUCAAGAGAAUUGUCGGGCUCGUCGUCGCUCAGCCUCUUGUGAACGUCAAUCGCGGCGCCAUGUCAGUACUGGCUGCCAUAGUCGGGAACCCUUCGCAUCGGCACUCGCAACCAGGCGCUACAGGCUUCCAGCGUCUCAAACCUGUGGUGGAAUCGCAUCCGCAGUUCCUGCCUUCACUUGUCGAGAAGAUGACAUCGGCUGAUCAUGCACUUUGCGCCAACUCUUUACAGCUCAUCAAUUCCCUCAUGCGCGAUGCCGUCGCAAACGAUGCCGAGUUCGAAUGGCCGAAGUUCAUAAAACAACUGCAAGAAUUGGGCGUCAUCAAGAGCGUGUAUGGAUUGAUGCAGAGCUCUGCCGUGCAGGAUCUGGCGCACCCUCUUCUCGAGUUCCAGUCCCUGACAAAGGUGCUGUUGAAAAAAUGGAAGGACGAGCCAGUCGACUUGGAAAAGUCGGAUCACCGGCGAGCGAUGCGGGGGCUGCACGUCGCAAGCAGUGCGGAUCAAGCAGAAGCUGAUGCAAAGGGCAGCAAAAAAGCAAGCCCGAGCAAGUGGAGACGAGUCGGGUUUCAAACCGAAUCACCCACAUCCGAAUUUGAGAGCACAGGUUUUCUGGGUCUCAUGGACUUGACUGACUUUGUGUACAAAAACGAGGAUGGUUUCCAGAAAUUGCUGCUCGAGCAAUCGGCCGAGCCACUGGAUCAACGAUGUCCCGUUGCUCGUGCCAGCCUCGCCGUGACGAGCAUCUUGUAUGACCAUUUCGACGUGGAAAAGUCGGAUGAUUCGGAGAGCAAUAGAUAUACAGUGGUAGUAUCACGAGCGAAUUUCGACCGAGCUUUCAAGCCUCUGCUCCUCCACUGGUCCAGACUACACACGAGUGGCCUCAAUGCCUUCAUCCGACUAUGGAAAGCAACAGGAGCGCAAUCUGACGACUUCGGCAACAUCAUGGAGCUUGUGCGAAUACUUAUCGAACAUGUCGUUGGCCAAGCUCCCCGCACCAAGGAAAUCAAGGAUGUUGAAGAAGAUUUGGUGGAAUGUGACAUUGGGCGGCUACGAGAGCUCCAGAUGGAGUUACUCGGGCACCAGUACGAGGAUGCCUGGGGUCACCACCUGCGACAAGUCCGCGAUGAGCUCAACCACGAAGCUUUGCAAUUUGUCAAAGAACAACGCAUUCGUUGCCUUCUGCAGGGCGCCUGGUUCCCUCAGCCGAUGAGCAACGGCACCGAGGCAGGAUCUGCGGCCAACAAAAGUUCGAAUCGAAACGCGGUGGGACCGUGGCGAUUUGUACGGCUAUCACAUAACAGGCGCUAUCUGCAUUAUGCGGAUUUUGAGCAAAGGACAUCGACGGAGCCUAGGCUGGAUGCCUUGCAGGACAAAAUCGAUCUUUCCAUAGUGUCAUCUGUGGUGAGCAACGUGUCGGCGUCGGCCCCGUCGUCGUCUUCGUCUGACAGCACGGUUACCAUGUUGCGGGAACCUGCGGCUGCGUCUACGUGGACGAGAAUCACGAUCCAUGGGUGGGCACCCGGAGCAAACCACAGCCGGCAGAAGUCAGACGCGUCCAAACACACGGCGAGGGAGAUGGUGCUGCUGCAACUGCACCCGCAGAGUCAUGUGCUGGCAUCAGAGUUUCUGGACGGACUGCUGAUGCUGCUGAACCAGCAGCCGAUCACAUCAGAUACCAACAAGCUGGUCAAGUUGAUCGGCAGCUACGGACUCAAGAUUCGACUACUCAACGUGCGAUUUGAGGAUAUCGGCAUGGAGGAGCCCACGGUUCCGAGCCGGGAGGGCUUGGAAGAUGACUAUUACUACGACAUUGGCGGCAUGGAGGCCGGGGUAUGA